UAUUUUUAACGGCCUGAAUCGCGCAUCUUUGGCUUGUAAAACCCCUAUGAAACCCUGCGAUUGCUCCCGUUGAAAGCAUGAUGGCACCAUAACCGUAUCCUCAUGCUCAAGCCGCAAAUCCUCUUUAUCCUGCUUCCUUCCUUCCUUCCUAUGUGAAGAUGUCAGCGUCACGCUUAUUCUCUCUCUUCGGAUUCUCAGUCGUCCGUAACCGCACAACUCUCUCUGCAGACCCUCCAAAUCAAUUCAAGAAGCACUUCCCGUCCCUCUUAAACCCCCCCAAAUUUUUACGGUUCCGCAGGUACGGUUCCUCUGUCGGUACAAUAAUAGCUAGCAAAAACCCGGUGGAGAAAACUACUAGUAGUUAUUCCGAUUCUCACCAUCCGUGGCCCGAAUGGGUCGCCUUCAUCGACCGCUUGAAGGCCAAAGGCUACUUGGUCGGAAACCCUCAAGGUCAUGGAAGUGCGGAUGCUGAUGGGAAUGUUUACAAUGAUAUGAACCUUUUGAAGGACGCUACUCUCAGCUUUGCCCGUGACCGUUUUGACAUUUUAAAAUCAUUGUCUAACGAGGAUAUUCGGGCACUUGUGGAGAGUGGGUGUCCUAAUCUUUUCCGAAAAGCUGUUAAUUCAGCCAAGAGGUUGAGAGCAUAUUUGCGACUUGAUGAAGGAGAUGUAUGUAGUGCUUGCAAUCUGCGAGGAUCGUGUGAUAAAGCUUAUGUUAUAUUGAAAGAAUCUGAAGCAGCAGCACGUACAGUGGAUAUUGUGCGUAUCUUGUUGUUCUACGCACUAGAUCCACUUGUUGUGUCGGAUGGGGAAAAGCUUCCUCGUAGAGCUCUUGUUGAAGCAUCCGCAAGAAAUUUGCUUUCAGAAUUAACUCUAUUGGGUGAAACAUCCCCUGAUCCUGCACUUCCAAUGCCUGCUGCUCAAGCUUCUCCUCAGAAGAAAAGGUCUCUGAGUUUUGUGGAAGACAAAGAUGUGGAAAUGAAGAGGGGAGAUUGGAUGUGUCCCAAUUGCAACUUCGUAAAUUUCGCAAAAAAUCUACGAUGCCUUACAUGCAAAGAAGAUGGCCCUAAAAGAGUUGGUCCAGAUGAAUUUGAAAUGAAGAAAGGAGAUUGGAUCUGCCCUGAAUGCAAUUUCAUGAAUUUUUCUAGAAAUGUACGAUGCCUGAAAUGCAAAUUGGAGGGUCCAAAGAGGGUUAGCAUAGACGAUGUUGAAAUGAAGAAGGGAGAUUGGAACUGCCCACAGUGUAGUUUCAUGAAUUUUGCUAGCAACAGAAAAUGUUUACGUUGCAGAGAGGCUCGUCCCAAGCGACAGCUUAAUCCUGGAGAGUGGGAGUGCCCCUCAUGUGAUUUCCUGAAUUAUAGAAGGAACGUGGUCUGCUUGAAGUGCAAUUGCGAACGCACGAGUGAGGUGGCAACACGGUAUGAAGAGCAGAUGUGGCAUAGUCGUAAUUAGCUAGCUUCUCAAAGACGACUUUGGUUUUGACAAAAAAAGGAGAUGACUUUGGUGUAAUUUUCAUGUUGCAUUUAGGGGGUGUUUGGCCACCUAAUUUUCACAUUCUAUGUUUUUCAUUUUUGCGUUUUGAGUGUUCUGGAGCAGAUUGUGGGCGUGGCUGAAACUCCUUACCUCACCUUUGCUUUCUUUACUCCCUUUCCCAUGUCGAGCCCUCGAAAGAGGCACAUCAAGGACGAGCUGGUACCGCAUGUGCCGCCGGACAAGUAGGAAUGGAACAACUAUUUAACAAUAGCAAGGAGAUUCGCCAGCAGGAGAGGACCAAUUCUACUCCUUAGAGAAUAAAUUUCGCAUGAGCAUUGUGUUCAGCGGCUCGCCUACUAGCUUCUGUUCCUCAAUCUAAUCUUUCAACUUCAGCUAGACGCAGAUCUGGCCUUGUGGAUGGGGUAUGUUUUGGGGGACUUCACCGAGGCCCUGGUUCCCUUAUUAUUGAAACACUUUUACACGGAUUUUUUUUAUGAGCUUGUAGACACCUCAAUCUGAUUUUCCAA